CUAUGCUGAUAGAUGAUGCUUUGAGUUGAACUGACAUUAACGUCAAGACUCUUCAGCAUGCAACGAAAGAAAGACUAGACCCCUCGGUCCCCAUCUGCUAGGUGUAGCCUUGAUGGCUCUGAUGCAGCAAUGACUUCAUUUCGAAUCCAGAGGCAGGUCCUGGAAACCUCCGGCUCACACUUGAGAGAAGCCUACCCUCAUCAUGCACUUUCCCAAAAACAGUGUACGAUCCUGGACUUCCGUGACGGCCGCUACGGCACAGCUAACCUAGUGAUAAGGAUGAUGUAUGUCAUGACUAGGAAGUUAGACCGCUGGCUCUUCCCAUACUGUUGCUACGGUGUGAUUCUGAUGAGACUUUUGAUACCAACCGAACACUACGCGUAAUCCAUGCACGGUCUUGGACUCGAACAGAGUUUGUGAUCCACAGUCGGAGACCUCAGCUCGAAAUCCUCCAUGAACGAAGACAGGAGAAUCUCUCAAGCGUAGAGUCAGUCAAGAAGUAAAACCU